UUUUACUGGAAGAUAUAAAGCCAUAAAAUAUUAUAUUAACUUUAAACACAAAUGUACAUUACUUUGAUAUAGUAUGGAGCACUGUUAAAAUAGCACUUCAACGUACCCCUCAAAAGGCGAUUUUAUUUGAUUCAAUAGUUUCGAGCAAACUUUUGACUUAUUUCCUUUGGCAGAAGUGACUUUUACCUCCUCCCCUACCUGCCUUCCUUAAGAAAUGGGAAAAAUAAUAAUGGUAAAAUCUCACCAUUCCAUGAGAGGUUUUUCCCCACUUUUUGGUAGAACACUAAAAAAUGUUCUUUCAAGAAAUAAAAAAAUGAGAGGUUCAACUUGGAAUUUAUUUUUAUUUAACAGUUUGUUGCUAAGGCAUUGUUUGGUACAGCAUUCUGCACAGCUAGGAAGGCACAAGGUAAAAUAGCCACCUUCACUUCUCCGUAGGUUCAACAGUGAUUUGGAAACAUGAGACAAGUAUUAGUCACUAUACAAUCUGUAUCACACGUAAGAGAAAAUAAUUUUAUUAAUUCAAGCACAGGAGUCCUUCAUCUUCAAACACUGAAUUAAACUCCCUGCACUUAAAGUCAAGAACUUGACUCUGAAGCUUACAAUCUCUGACAUGGAAAUGUAAUGUAAUGACGCAUUCUACACUUUUUUUUUUUUUUUUUUCAGUUACAGAUGAAGCAACUUGCAAAACAUUCCUAAAUACGAAGGAAGAAGAAUAUUUAAAUGUAAAUCAUCAUUAUUCAUUUUUAUCCAUCAAAGUAGCUUCAUUUUGUGUUCCUAUCUUGCAUCAAAUAUUAGGUAAACCAAAGCGUGUAGGAGAAAAAAGUGCUUUUCAUAGUCAUCGCUCCUUGUGAAGAGAAUGCUAAGGCGCCGCCAUAUCUCCUUUAGGAGCUUUGUUGGGGCCAGUGGAACACCCCAGGCAGUGUUCGCCUUCCUUCUGCUUCCAUGUUGUUUGGCUCUGGACUUCAGAGCACCCCCUCUUAUUUCAAACACUUCUUUCCUCUGGGCCUGGAAUGCCCCAGCUGAACGUUGUGUUAAAAUAUUUAAACUACCUCCAGAUCUGAGACUCUUCUCUGUAAAAGGAAGCCCCCAAAAAAGUGCUAGGGGACAAUUUAUUACAUUAUUUUAUGCUGAUAGACUUGGCUACUAUCCUCAUAUAGAUGAAAAAACAGGCAACACCGUAUAUGGAGGAAUUCCCCAGUUGGGAAACUUAAAAAAUCAUUUGGAAAAAGCCAAAAAAGACAUUGCCUAUUACAUACCAAAUGACAGCGUGGGCUUGGCGGUCAUUGACUGGGAAAACUGGAGGCCUACCUGGGCAAGAAACUGGAAACCUAAAGAUGUUUACAGGGAUGAGUCUGUUGAGUUGGUUCUGCAAAAAAAUCCACAACUCAGUUUCCCAGAGGCUUCCAAGAUUGCAAAAGUGGAUUUUGAGACAGCAGGAAAGAGUUUCAUGCAAGAGACUUUAAAACUGGGAAAAUUACUUCGGCCAAAUCACUUAUGGGGUUAUUAUCUUUUUCCUGAUUGUUACAAUCAUAAUUAUAACCAUCCUACUUACAAUGGAAAUUGCUCUGAUUUAGAAAAAAGGAGAAAUGAUGAUCUUGACUGGUUGUGGAAGGAAAGCACUGCCCUUUUCCCUUCUGUUUAUCUGAAUAUCAAGUUAAAAUCUACUCCAAAAGCUGCCUUCUAUGUUCGUAAUCGUGUCCAGGAAGCCAUUCGGUUGUCUAAAAUAGCGAGUGUUGAAAGUCCACUUCCAGUUUUUGUAUAUCACCGUCCAGUUUUUACUGAUGGGUCUUCAACAUACCUUUCUCAGGGUGACCUUGUGAAUUCGAUUGGUGAGAUCGUUGCUCUAGGUGCCUCUGGGAUUAUAAUGUGGGGCAGUCUCAAUCUAAGCCUAACUAUGCAAUCUUGCAUGAACCUAGGCAAUUACUUGAACACUACACUGAAUCCUUACUUAAUCAACGUCACCCUAGCAGCCAAAAUGUGCAGCCAAGUGCUUUGCCACGAUGAAGGAGUGUGUACAAGGAAACAAUGGAAUUCAAGCGACUAUCUUCACCUGAACCCAAUGAAUUUUGCUAUUCAAACUGGGAAAGGUGGAAAAUACACAGUAACUGGGAAAGUCACACUUGAAGACCUGCAAACGUUUUCUGAUAAAUUUUAUUGCAGUUGUUAUGCCAACAUCAACUGUAAGAAGAGAGUUGAUAUAAAAAAUGUUCAUAGUGUUAAUGUAUGUAUGGCAGAAGACAUUUGUAUAGAUGGCCCUGUGAAGUUACAACCCAAUGAUCAUUCCUCCAGCCAGAAUGAGGCAUCUACUACCACUGUCAGCAGUAUCUCACCCUCCACUACAGCCGCCACAGCAUCUCCAUGUACUCCUGAGAAACAGUCCCCUGAGUGCCUCAAACUCAGGUGUUUGGAAGCCAUCUCCAACGUCACCCAAACGGGGUGUCAAGGUGUUAAAUGGAAGAACACUUCCAGUCAGUCAAGUAUUCAAAAUAUUAAAAAUCAAACAACCUAUUAAAGUAUAAAUUCAGUGCUUA